AUGGUGAAUGAAAUUAAGAAAAUUGAGGAUAAUGUCAUCAGUACAUUAGGCGACAUUAAACGAGCUGUUGCUGACUUUACGAACAUGUUUGUAGAUAUGAGAGGAAACAUAACGGACGAGAUGUUAAAGAGAGGCGAUGAGAUAGAAAGGAGAGAAGAAUCGUUCAAAACAUUAUUUGAGGAAACAAGAAAAACCCUGACUAGUGACAUCGAGGCUGAAAAACAGAAACUUAUUCACCUCCAAGGAAAACUCGAACAACCUGCUAUCGCUUUCUAUGUACAUCACUUGAAAGACCUGUUUCCUGAUACUUCGGAUGAGAUUCUUAUAUUUGCGAGGACAUUCACCAACGAGGGAACAGGUUACGACACGUCCACGGGAUUGUUCACAGCACCUGUUGGAGGACUGUAUCAGUUUGAUGUUCAUACAUGUGCUUAUAAUGGGAAAUAUUCCUAUCUGGGCCUAGUGAUGGAAGGUGACGUUAUUGCAGCAGAUGCUAACUAUGGUGAUGCUAAUCAUGGCUGUAAUAAUUUUGGAGCAAUAGUAAGAGUGAGAUCAGGAGAACAAGUUUGGGUCAAAUCAACUUCGUCAGCUUCUAACCGCCAGCUAUAUUAAGACUCUCAGAGGAUGAACACAUUUAGUGGUGUACUUGUCAGUUACUGAUUUAUAAAUAAAUAUUGAUGGGAGUAAAAUCUGAUUUCAGUGUUAUAAGGAGACGUUUAACAUAAACGUUUUGAUGUAAAUUGCUGCUUCAAUUACGGUAACUUUGAGACUCUUUAUAACAGUAGUGUUCUGUGAAAUAAGUCGAAAAUUGUCGAUUUAUAUAUGCUGUGUCUUUAAACGUUGUGACGAAAAUUAUUCAUACAAUGUUUUAUUUUGCAUAUUUCCAUUAUUAGUUUAUAUUAGUAUCUUAUAGCAAAAAAGGCUGAUUGAAAUUUAUAACAGCAAAGAAAGCGAAUCUUAUGAUUAUGUAUGUUUUGUUGGAAUGUAAUUUAAAGCAAUUGAAGUUUCUAUGUUUAUUAAAACAAAUAAUAUACACCAGUGAAAUUAAAUCUAUGACAAACAUUAAUGUAAAGUGUUAUUAAAAAAAACCUGACAUUCUUAACAAAAGGACUACCAUAGGGAAUGCACUUUACCAUGUUAAGUUAGUGCAUCCACUUCAGAUCAAUAAGAAUAAUCUUGAUUUAUAUUUCUGCAAUAGAAUUAUUUUACUCAACAUGAACAUUGUAUAUCUUAUAGUCUAAGAUAAACUUCUAUUCUGUUCUACUCCUUAAAAGUAAAAACAUUACUGAAACACCUUUUAAAGGAUUUCAAAGUACGUGCAUUUGCACGUGCAAUAUUGUAAAUAUUUGAUUGAAACUAAUGGAUUACAAACAACACAUUUAAUUGUUUCCAUGAUGUGUAUUAAAUGACAACCUUAACAAGUCUCGGUGGUAAGAGAAUUACCAUAUCAGUAAAUAAAAUGGUGGUACUGGUAUUGGUUGUCGUCUUGCUUUGUUAUAAAUCAGAACUAGAACCUUGACGUAUCGGACUGUGAGUCAUGCAUAUAUGCAUACGCUUAAAACAAAGAUCUCAAACAUUUUACGAAUUUCAAUUGUCAAUCUUUCCUUUGAAUAUGUCAUUAUUUUUGUGAAUAAAUUUCACAUUACCGUGCAAACAUCAUAAAACAAACAUGAAAUGUUAAAGUUGUAAAAGUUUAAAAUCGAUAAUCAAACCAACGUUUUGAAAAUAAAAAAUCAUCGGAGUACUUAGCACUUUUGUUAACUGUACAUGACAUAUAUCUAAU